AUGGGACCCAAGAAAGAUAAAGACAAGUCGGGGGGUCCAGGCUCCAAAACCUGGGAACCAGGACUCAUCGCCGCCCCCUUUAACCAGGCUGACUGGAAGGGCUGCAUAAACUUCGUGGUUGGCAACCGGAUUGAGGAUGAUCUUCUUAUUAAUGCCCUUGCUCUUGCCAUCAACAUGCCCCAGAGGAAGCUCUUCAGCCUGGUGUCGUGGGAUAACAUCCUUAGUCAGAUCAAUGCACCUCCUCCACCCCCACCUGCAAAAGGAAAGAAACAAGCUGUAACUGCACCUUUGUAUUCUGAGGUAGUAAGUGCAGCCAGAGCCAUUACAAUUGCCGGAGAGAAACUUACCCAGCCACUGAUUGGGAAACUCAUUAAAUACGAACUGCUGAACCUCAAACAAAAGGAUGAACAACGAAGGGCUGCAGAGAAGAAGGCACUGGAAGACAAACUGAAGGCAGAAAAAGACAAAGAAAAAGGAAAAGUCAAGGCUGCUGGAAAGGAGAAGAAACCAGCCAAAGGGAAAGGAGGAAAGGGAAAGGACCAAGGAGAUCAAGGACAAGUAGUGAAAAAAGGCAGCAUGUUGAAACGGCGGGGAGAAGAAGAGGCAAUAAAAACAUACAUCGAUGAUGAGCCAGACGAUGGUGCCCAGCAUUACUUCAUCCUCACGGGCUUUCACAAUCCACAGCUACUGGCAAUUAUGGCGGAGCUUGGGAUUCCUGUAUCCAAUGUGAUUAAGAUAACUUCUGAGAAUUACGAACCUCUGAAGGCACACCUGGCAGGCCUUAGCCAGCCACACGAGGCCUCGCUGCUGUCAGAAAAUGUGCCUACAAUGUCAAAAGAAAUAGAAGCUGAAAAACUGAAGAAGGAGAAGGAAGUAAAAGAGCUUGAAAUUUUCUGGAAAUACUUGGAACCAAUUCUGAAUAAUGGGAAACCUGAAACGAAUCUCUUUGACAUUGCCAGGCUUGAGCACGUGGUGAGGGAAGAGUUCCUUCCCCUAGACUGGACGGACAGUGAACUACUGCUGGACUUUGGUACUGAACUUUUUGAAGUCAUUGCUUGCUUGAUAUAUGACAGCCUAGACUGGAGGCGGCAGCAUGUGAACUACUUAGAAAAUAUGAGACUUAUUAAUGUGCCACAAGUCUCGAGUGACAGACCGCAUCUGGACAUGCCCUGGACUCCUGAGGUAGGAGCAUCUGCAAGUUCAGCAGCCAUUUCAUCAAAGAAGAAAACACAGACGGAUGAGUCACAGCUAACGCGGGAUAGUUCUCUCUCUGCUGAAGUGGAUAUGAGAUAUUAUAAUGACUUGAUGGAACAGAUUCCUGAAGAAUUCAUUUCUGUGCCUUUGAUACUUAACGGCAUCUUGGAACAGAUUGUGGCAACAGAGAAUGAACUUCUCCCACCUAGCUUAAUGCCACCCAUACCCAGAGAGGAUGGGUUGGAUCCCAGGAUUGCAGCUCACAUUGUAUCCAUCCUGCCAUCUCUCUGUCUCACAGAGUCUGAAAAAGAGAAUCUGCAUCGGCUGUUCUUACCUGAAGAUGAGAGAGAGAAAAAAGCAGAUCAGAAAGGUCCUAUCAUACUGAACUACCAUGAUGCACAGGGUCACAAGAAGCAGGUACUAAAGGCCCAGAAGAAUUUUGACCCAGUACAAAUUGAGCAGGAGAUGCAGGCCAAGCUACCACUGUGGAAACUGCUUCAAUUCCCACUGCCUCCUUUGUGGAAUAACACCAAACGUCUGGCUACAAUUCAUGAACUCAUGCACUAUUGCACUAAUGAACUCCUGAGCUGGAAUGAAGUAGAAAGAGCCUUCAAAGUCUUUACUUUUGAAUGUCUGAAAUUAACUGAAGUAGAUGAUUUUGGAAAACUGAAGCCUUCCAGAACUGACGCUGGGUCUGAUUCUGAAAUAUUUCACAUUCCGUGGGACAAUCCUGCCAGAUUUGCUAAGCAGAUAAGACAACAACAACUUAUGAAAAGGAGUACUGAGGAAAAAGGGAUUGCAGCAGCAUCAGAUAGGAAAUUGACAUUUCCCCAAGAAGACUGGUUGAAAAGUGCAACGGAGAUGGCUGGCCUGAAGCAACUCAAGGAAAUUAAGAAAAUAGUUUCAGUCCUCUCUCUUACCCGAAAGUCAGCUGAUGCAAGCACCGUGAAAGCAAUGGAGGAAAACAAGAACGAGUCUCAGCAUGAAAAUAAACAACCAUUAGAGCUCAAGCAGCAGAUGACAUCGAAAUCCGCAGUGCCUCCUUUAAAUGAAGAGAUCAAAGGAGAAAAGGAUGAGAAUGAUCUUCAUGAAAAGAAACCAAAGAAGAUCAUCAUAGAAGCAGAUUUGGAAGACAUAAAAAAGACUCAGCAACGCUCUUUGACAGAAUGGAGUUUUAUUGAACAUUUUAAACCACAAGUCCUCCUGCAGGUUCUUCAAGAGGCAUCCCAGGAGUUUAGAUGCAUUGAUUCCUAUUAUCAUACCCAAGACAACUCUUUGCUUUUAGUUUUUCACAAUCCUAUGAACAUACAACGACUAAGUUCUGAAAAAUGGGAAAUUGCUCUCCAUUCUAAUGUUGGAUUCAGGAACUAUUUGGAACUUGUAGCUGACUCUAUUCAGGAAUGGAUCAUACAGGAAGAAGCAAAAUAUCAGGAAAAGAAAAUGGCUGAGGAAAUAGCAAAAACAGAAGCCUCAUCUCCUCCAAAAUCUGCUGUUUCUUCUCCAAAAAAAUCUAAAAAUCCCAAAGGAAGCAGCAAAACCAUUGCUGAGGAUGCAGACAAAGAGAAAGACAAGAAUAUUUUUAUCCUAGAAAACUCCCUCAAGGCUUGGAAGGCAGAACAGGACCGUAUAGCAGAAGAAGAGCGCAUAAAAGAAGAAAAGAAAUUAGAAAAAAAACAAAGAGAUUCUGGCAAAAAGAAAAAGAAAGGAGAGAAGCUAGAAAAAGAAGAUAGUAAGGCUUCCAAGAAGAAAGCCAGUUCCAAAGAGAAAACUAAAGAAGACACGUCCAAGUCCUCACAGCAGCAGGAAGAACACUUCCCACCAGCACCUGUUGAAAAAGUCUACCCGUUUCGAGGGUACAAUAUGGGAGAGAAUCCAACCCAAGUCUCCGGUACAAAUUACUUUUUGUAUCCCUCAGAUGGAGGACAGAUUGAAGUGGAAAAGAUAGUGUUUGGAAAAGGGCCAACUUUCAUAAAAGUGAAGGUGAAAAAGGACAAGCAUAAUUUCUUUAUUCAUAUAAAAGACCCCAAGAAGCUCCAAGGAAAAGUGAAAAGACGAGAAGACAACGAUUCUUCAGAUGAUGAAGGCAAAGUUAAAAAAAAGAGAUCAAGGACUCCAAAGACAGAAUGGGAUCUCCAUAAGAAGAGAAUGGUCAGCAAAUUUGGGUCUUUCUCUGCCACUCUGGAAAAUGGAAUUAAUCUCUCUAUAAGUUACCACGGACCUAGUGGAACAUCACCAGAUGAAAAGGAUGUUGAAUUAGAAGAAAUGCUGAACAUCCCUUCAGCACACACUCAGACUGUGAUUCCCACUCCUCCUACCCCACCUCAGAAAGGAAAAGGCAAAACCCCGAAGGGUAAAGAAAAGCACAAAGAGCCUCCCAAGGAAGAGGAGCCGCCACCUCCCGCUCCAAAAGAAGAGGAGAAACAGGAAGAAGCGGAGGCAGAAGCCCCUCCACCAGAGCCCCCCUUUAUUCCCACUUUCCAAAGAUUAAAUAUUUCAUGUCCUAAUGGGCUGGCAGUGACCUUCCUUGGCUACCUUUCUCCAGGUCCACACAUUGGGGAUGAUGAACAUACCUGGGACAUCAUGGUUCGGCAGAGUUAUCCCCAAAAGGUGAAGUACUCUCAGACGCAUAAAACCGUGACACCACCAAUAGAACAGGAGAUAUCCAGAGUUAUUAACAGUCAAGGGACUGUUGUCAAGUACAUGUUGGAUGGGUCCACACAGAUACUCUUUGCAGAUGGCGCAGUGAGUUACAGUCCAGAUUCUGGUCCUGUCUGUGCCCACUCGGACUCUUCUACAACCCCAGGUUCAACAGACUUGAGAUACUCAUUUUGUCUACCGAAGUCAGAAAAUGCCCCAUCUGAUGCCAUCAGCAUAAAGAAAGGAAAAGGUCACAAAAAUACAUCUCUUUUAUUACACAAGGGUGAUUCCCAUGACCAAACAUCUUUUCAACUCUCAGGAACUGGGGAAAUCCAGGUGGGCACUUGGUUUACUACCACACCUGCAGGCACUCGGAUUGGCACCAAAGGAUUGGAAAGAAUACCAGACCUGUCACCAUAUUUGUCCUUUCAAGCUACAGAUCCUGUUGAUGGAACGGUGAUGACAACUCGAGAAGACAAAGUGACUAUUGUGAUAAAAACUGAUGGGACAAGGAUAGUGGAUCACGCUGAUGGCACCCGAAUCACAACCUUCUAUCAGAUUUAUGAAGACACUAUUGUGCCUUCGACUGAGCAAGAAACAAAUGACUCCUCGUGGUCCAUCACCAGGCAAGUGAAAUGUAUGCGAAUAGAGAGCCCCCACUAUGCUUCUGUUAUUACAAACUGUGAGGACAGCAGCUGCUGUGCCACGUUCGGAGAUGGGACAUCAAUUAUUGCAAAGCCACAAGGGACAUACCAGGUGCUUCCCCCCAGCACUGGUUGCCUCUCCAUUGAUAAGGAUUGCUCAGCCAUUUAUUCCCAUGAAUCAAGCAGUGAUACCCUCUACCAGCCUUUCAGCCAGCGUGAGCAGCUGAGAGCCAGCAGGUACAUUAUGAAGCACACUUCCGACAUAAUCUGUGAAGUUCUAGAUCCUGAAGGAAAUGUUUUCCAGGUCAUGGUCGAUGGCACCAUAUCAACUGUCGUCCCUGAAGCAAGCUUGGAGGAGGAGACCAUGGAGGAGGAAAGUGAAGAUUAUGACAGCUUAUUGCCUGAUAAAGUAGAAAAAAAUCCUCUUCAAACUUAUGGUGAACAUGUCCCCAGAUUUUUUGUUAUCUAUGCGGAUGGCUCAGGAACAGAACUUCUUCGGAAUAGUGACAUAGAAGAGUAUCUAUCUUUGGCCUAUGGGGAAUCGACCACUGCUGUUCUGCAGGAGCCAGUAGAAGAAUAUCCAGGUGCUCUGAGCAUCACUGUUCUUCGUCCUUUCUAUGAAGUAUCUCCGUGGAUUAUGAAAAAAGAAUUAGACACUAUUGUUCCCACCAAUCUCCAGUCAAGACCCUGGAAUAAUUUCCCAGCAGUUGAGAAGAAAACACCAGGUCCCCCUUUUGGAACUCACAUUUGGAAGGGUCUAUCCAUAGGGAACAUGCCCUUGGCUUACCUCCCUGCACCUAUACGAAAGUGCCCCAAAGUGCUCCAGGUCCGGCAAUUCAUUCAGCAUGAGGUCAUUAAGAAUGAGCUGAAACUGAAGCUGCAGUUUUCUCUCAAGGAUUACAUAAAUCACAUCCUAAAGAAGGAGGAUGAAUUACAGGAGAUGACGGUUAAGGACCCACGGACAGAGGAGGAGAGAGGCAAUGCUGCAGACCUGCUCAAGCUGGUCAUGUCUUUCCCUAAAAUGGAAAAAACCAAAGAAGAUCACUUUACUGAAGUACACCUGGCAGAACUGUACAAGCGUGCAUUGGCUAGUCCAGAAAUAUCAGCCAGAAUAAACUGGGAUAAGUGGAGCCAUCCAAAACCCUCAGAGCGCUGGAAAGAAAAACUGGAACAGAACAGGCACGACAUCGAAGAAACCCAAAAUUAUUUGGCAGGGCUAAGGAAUCACAUAAUACCACCAUAUUUCCAGUCUGAAUUUGGCAAGAUAUUCAUGACCCAGUAUCAUAACCUGGAAGCCAUUUCUAAAAAACUUCCGCCCUUUCAGAAGAAAUUGCAAGACCUGAGCAGAAACUUUUCCCGAAGCACAUCUGACAUUGACCCAGAGUGUCAAUCAUCUAAAGAACCAACCCAAGAGUCUUCUGAAUUGCUCAGUCUUCUGGUAUCAGAGAGUUCACUAGAAACCAAGGAGUCCAUCAGUAUGUUCCCCAGUGAUUACUUUACAAAGUCUGAGAUGGUUGACUCUGAAUCAUCAUGGACGCCCUUGAAGAUUCCAACCCAGUCAUUGCUACAAAAUGCUGCUGGACAACCGAGGAAGGAGAAAGUAAAACUACCUAAUUACUUGAAAAGUUCUAAGCCAAAGAAGUCUCUACCCCUUAAGAAGGUGGAAGACUGUGUUGGGGGGAGAGUAAACACAUCCUCAGUUGCAUGUGCUACCAUGAACAGUGCAAAAACACCCCCUUUUGGCUUCCAUCUUCUUCCACCAGAGGUGAACUUUGGAGUCUUGAAGGAGGGACAUACCUAUGUAGCCACAGUGAAGCUGAAGAAUGUUGGUGUGGAUUUCUGCAGAUUUCAGGUGAAGCAGCCUCCACCCAGCACCGGACUGAAAGUGACUUACACACCAGGACCAGUAGCAUCAGGAUUGCAGGUGGACCUGCAGGUGGAGAUCUUUGCCAUGGCUGUUGGAGAGAACGCUAGCAAGGGAUUAGGAACCAUUUCCUACAACAUUGAGAUUGUAACUGAACAUGAAAUUCUACUUCUGCCUGUGAAGGCAACAGUUUUAACAUCUAUGACCUAUGACUCAAGACCAGAUGACUUUCCUGUGGGGAAAGAAAAUCCAAUAGUCCGUCGGAUUUCUACGGUCCCCAAGCCUCAUAAACUAUCUCAUAUGUGACUAUCAGACUACCUGCUGCAGAGAAAGAAGAAAACUAA